UCCGUCAAGGGCCCGCCUCCGCUUUUGAACCAAUCAGAGCUGGCAGGAGGGCGCUUCCUUCUGGAGCAGGGUCCGGACUAGGGGCCACUUGAGUGAGGUGAGGCCGGGGUGACAGCAGCUGUGGCGCUGUGCGCAGGCGCGGAACUGACUGGACCGACCGGGCGGCGGCGGCGCAAGCUGGUGAGAGGAGAGCGAGGGUCCGAGGUUUAAAAAGACCCUUUUUUCCUGAAGGAACUCAUUUGCUGCUAUAGUUUCAGAAUGUCAAGUACUGUGACCUACUGGAUCUUAAAUUCUGUAAGGAACAGCGUUGCCACAUUUCACGGGGGCAGACGUUUAUACUCUAGGUGUGUCUCAAAUAGGAAUAAAUCAAAACGGAAGCUCUUUUCUCGGGUGCCACCCACCCUAAAAAACAGUUCCCCAUGUGGUACCUUUACUCUUCAGAAGGCGUACAGACACACGUCCACGGAGGAAGAUGAUUUCCAGUUGCAACUCAGCCCCGAGCAGGUAAAUGAAGUGCUUCGAGCUGGCGAGUCAGCCCACAAGAUUCUUGACCUUGACAGUGGAGUCCCAAAUUCAGUGUUGCGGUAUGAGAGCAAUCAGCUGGCUGCCAAUUCCCCAGUGGAGGACCGGCGAGGUGUAGCCUCUUGCCUGCAGACCAGCGGACUGAUGUUUGGCAUCUUUGAUGGACAUGGUGGUCAUGCAUGUGUGCAAGCAGUGAGCGAGAGGCUCUUCUACUACGUGGCAGUGUCCCUGAUGUCCCACCAGACCCUAGAGCAGAUGGAGGGAGCAAUGGAAAGCAUGAAGCCCCUGCUGCCCAUGCUGCAGUGGCUCAAGCACCCAGGAGACAGUAUCUACAAGGAUGUCACAUCAGUACACCUUGACCACCUCCGUGUCUAUUGGCAGGAACUGCUUGACCUACACGUGGAAAUGGGACUGAGCAUUGAGGAAGCAUUAAUGUACUCCUUCCAGAGACUGGACUCUGACAUCUCGCUGGAAAUUCAGGCCCCCCUGGAAGAUGAGGUGACAAGAAACCUAUCACUUCAGGUUGCCUUCUCUGGAGCAACAGCCUGCAUGGCCCAUGUUGACGGAGUUCACUUGCACGUGGCAAACGCUGGUGACUGCCGGGCCAUCCUCGGUGUCCAGGAGGACAAUGGCAUGUGGUCUUGUCUGCCCCUUACCCGUGACCACAAUGCCUGGAACCAAGCCGAGCUGUCCCGGCUAAAGGGGGAGCACCCCAAGUCAGAGGAGAGGACAAUCAUCAUGGAUGACAGGCUGCUGGGUGUCCUCAUGCCCUGCAGGGCCUUCGGGGAUGUCCAGCUGAAGUGGAGUAAAGAGCUGCAGCGCAGUGUCCUGGAGAGGGGCUUUGAUACUGAGGCCCUCAAUAUUUACCAGUUCACCCCCCCACACUACUAUACUCCCCCCUACCUGACUGCUGAGCCUGAGGUCACAUACCACAGGCUGAGGCCCCAGGAUAAGUUCCUUGUGCUGGCCUCAGAUGGCCUGUGGGACAUGCUGAGCAAUGAGGACGUGGUGAGGCUGGUGGUGGGGCACCUGGCCGAGCUGGGUCAGCACAAGCCAGACCUGGCCCAGAGACCCACCAACCUGGGGCUCAUGCAGAGCCUGCUGCUGCAGAGGAAAGCCAGCAGGCUCCACGACACUGACCAAAAUGCAGCCACACGUCUGAUCAGACAUGCCAUCGGGAGCAACGAGUAUGGGGAGAUGGAGCCAGACCGGUUGACAGCGAUGCUGACAUUGCCGGAGGACUUGGCAAGAAUGUACAGGGAUGAUAUCACUGUCACUGUGGUGUAUUUUAACUCAGAAUCAAUUGAUGCAUAUUACAAGGGAGGUUAAGAGUCUCCCAUCCUAUUGCCAAGGUUAACAUAAAUGCUCUUCUAAAAUAUUUUCACUUACUCCUAAACUAGCUAUCCAAACCUUUCUGUUAAAAGGGCAGGCAGAUGUAGCUUGCUAAACAAUUAGCUAACAUGGGGGGAGUAAAAACAGCCUAGGUUUAAAGACAAUAGCAGUGAGUUUUUCUCUCCAUAUGUUUUGAUCAACUCUUAACACAUACAGAGGGCAGAGCAUAAAGACUACAGAAUUGGCUUGGGCUUGUGUUCCCCAAGUUCUUUUACAAAGAUACUGUUAAACGUGUCAGCUGAGCCUUCAAAGGGUAAAUUUAAUGAUUCUAAGAAUAAAGAACUUCAGGAUCUUCUGAGGUCUUGCUGCAAAAAAUCUGCAAAUUUAAUAAUUGCCCUGAAUUCACAAUCACAGACUUCUAGACUAUGAAGAGAGUUAUUUGUUUUUGUUUAAAUUUAAAGCCUAGGUUUACAAAGCAUACUACAGCACACUUUCCUAUGCAAUAGCCUAACUUUUUUUGUGAUUAUACUUGCAAAAACAUUUUGUAAUACUGCAUUCAGGUUCUCUUCUAGUUUAUCUUAAAACUGAAUCCUUAAACUUGCAAACAGGCCUACUGUAAGCAUGCUUGGAAUGACUUGUUUUGGUUUCCAGUUGAGAAGGAUCUCUGCCUCUAGACCACCUGAAUUUAUUAAAGCUUGUGCCGCUUUUGGGCUCCACUGAGUCCCAGUCCUGAAACUUUGAUCCAUUUGUAGGAGGUAACUAAUCUAAGCCUUAACUCCCAGUCUUUCCUGCAUUAGUAGAAUUUCCUCCUGGGUUUAGCCUCUGGGGGUUUGUUUAUUCCUAGCAUUUAACCUCUCUGCUGAUACCUUUCAAACAUUCUUUUCUUAAGUCUGCCUAACACAAUUCUUCUACCUCUGUUAUGCUAAACCCCUCACCCAGUUUCUGCUGCCAAACAUCUUAAAAGAAUGUUCCCUCUUCAAAUGAUUGCUGGAAAGGAGAAAAUGCAAUUACAGGUGGUAGCUGUAAGAGUUUAGGCAGGACAGGCUUAUUUGGUGGAUUGUGGAUUUCAGAUUCAGCCUCAGUCUGGAGAGGUGAAAACACGAAGGGCUUAAGAACAGUCACUAACAAGGGUUAAAGGAGAACAGUCACUCACGGAGACUCUCGGAAUCCUAUCCUGAAAGGGAAGACCGAGACUUAUCAGAUGGGACUCUUGCCCCUAGACUGGGUUAAGUUGCCAUUGUUACUCCUCAGGAAUUAGACCCUAUUUAGGAGUUGGGGCAAAAAUAAAAAUGUAACUUUCAGUGGUU